AGCCAAUCAGCUGAGAGAGAAACCAUCACUUCCGGUCCUGCACACCGACACAUGUCUACUAACCGCUAGCUCCGUCAGAAUUGCGAAAAUAAAGUGGCAAUAAACGCCACUGAAGAUGGUCCAGUUUAGUAGAAUCUGCUUCCGGAAGUUUGGAAACUUUGUGGACAAUCUCCGUCUGUACGUCCGUGGAGGCACUGGGGGCAUGGGCAUGCCCCGUCUGGGGGGGCAGGGAGGGAACGGAGGAGACGUCUGGGUGGUGGCAACAAAGAACGUGACCUUGAAGAGGAUCAAGGACAAGUAUCCUCUGAAACGUUUUGCAGCUGGAGCAGGAGUGAACAGCAGUAUCCGAGCACUGAAAGGAGAGAAGGGGAAGGACCAGGAGAUCUUUGCUCCUGUUGGUAUCACUGUCACCACUGAAGAUGGCAGAAUACUUGGUGACCUGAACGCUGAAGGUGAUCGUGUAAUGGUGGCGAAAGGAGGACCCGGAGGCGGCCUGUACUCUGCGUUUGAGCCCAGUAAGGGCCAGGCCAAACACAUCCGGCUUGACCUCAAACUGAUCGCUGACCUGGGCCUUGUUGGGUUCCCGAAUGCAGGAAAGUCCUCUCUGCUGACGGCCAUGUCUAACGCCACUCCUCAGAUUGCCAGCUACGCUUUCACAACUUUGAAGCCGGAGAUUGGGAAACUGAUGUAUAAAGAUCACAAACAGAUUUCUGUUGCUGACCUCCCAGGCCUGAUCGAGGGAGCUCACAUAAAUAAAGGCAUGGGCCACAAGUUCCUAAAACACGUGGAGAGGACCAAGCAGCUGCUGUUUGUUGUCGAUGUUUGUGGUUUCCAGUUGGCGAGUAAAACACAGUUUAGAUCGGCCUUUGAAGCUGUGCAGCUUCUCACCAAGGAGCUGGAGCUGUACAAAGAGGAGCUUGUGUCGAAGCCUGCUCUGCUGGUCGUGAAUAAGAUGGACCUGCCCGAAGCCGAGGACAAAUUACAAGAGCUGAAGGAGCAGCUAAAAAAUCCAGAUGAAUUCUCUGAUCUGUUGCCUGACAACAUGAUACCAAAGAAGCACAUGACCUUCAGACAGGUGGUUCCCAUCUCUGCCACCACUGGGUUUGGUAUCGAACUUUUGAAAAGCUGUAUCAGAGAGUCGCUUGAUGAUGACGCAACCCUAUCAACUAAAGCCAUCCACCGGGAAAGACUGCAGGCACUAAGGCACCCAUCACGUUUGUGAUAAACAUGGACGACAUCUCGCAGGUUUCAGUCGGACCUACGCAGCAUGAUGACGGAGGAGUCUCAUUCUGUCUGCCAAACAAGGUCAAACUGGUGAAGUGAAGUGGAGCUGUUAGCGCCGUGCAGGUAAACAUCAUCCACCCUGUGACAACAGUAACCAUAGUUUCAGUGCAUUUCAGGAUGACUAGAAUUUCUUAUUGAACAUCACAGACAAAAUAUGUAGCAUUGCAAGUUUGGUUUGUGAUUGUUAUCAAAAUGUUCUCUAUUCUGAAAUGGUACACUGUUGUGAGGUAUUAGAAGAUACAUAUUUUUAUGCCUUUACAGUAAAGGAUGUUGGUCAAGCAAAUGCAGCACCAAAAUGGUGAUACAGAAUGUUCCAUUCCUGUUUCAUCUGAUCGCUAAUGAUGAUUAAGAUUGUAUUUAUUGUUGUUUGUGUGUUGUGUUCUCCCACGACACAGAUUCUGUCGACUCAACAGUGAAUCUGAUCCAAAACGAGUGCUCCCCCCCAAUUUAAAAUAUGUAUAUCUGUGGUGAACCCAUUGGAAUGAUAUUCAUGCAAUGUAAUGAGUCCAGGGCAGUGGCACUAAAAACAGAGUCAGCAGCCCAGCAGACUGAAUCCAACAUAGCUGGAAAACAAAAUUUUACAAUUACAUUGACGAAUAACUGUAUUUAAUAUGAAUAAGUCUCGACUGAUUGUUGAGCCAGUCAAUGAGGUCUGUGCUGGAUCAGUGCUUCCAAGCAGUGUUGUAAUACAAAGCAAUUAAUAAAGUCAGCUUUCCUGUU